AUGCUGCGUGUUAGAUCCUUUGCUUAUAAAAAGUCGCUGUCUGCUUCUUUGACCAGAUCAGUCAGUACUGCCAGUCAAUUGGCCCAAUUCAAGAUCCCUGAGGUUUUCAAUGAGCCUGUCAGAACUUAUGAGCCUGGUUCGAAGGACAGAGAUGGCGUUUUGAGUGCUCUUAGCAGACUCAGUAAUCAGCGUCAUGAAAUCCCUUUGGUAAUUGGUGGUAAGGAAGUUUUUACUAAAGAUACUUUCGUACAAACAUCACCCUCGAAUCACAGCCAAGUUCUUGCUGAAGUCAGCUCGGCUUCUGAAAAGGAUGUCAAUGACGCAAUUAAUGCCUCUUUGGCUGCUAAAAAGGCUUGGGAGUCAGCUCCUUGGGCUGACCGUGCUUCGGUUUUCCUCAAGGCUGCUGAAUUGAUUGCUGGUAAAUAUCGUUAUGAUAUCUUGGCUGCUACCAUGCUUGGCCAAGGUAAGAACAUCUAUCAAGCUGAAAUUGACUCUACUUGUGAAUUGAUUGAUUUCUUGAGAUUCAAUGUCAAAUAUGCUGAAGAAUUAUAUCAACAGCAGCCUGCUCGCUCGUCUCCCGGUGUCUGGAACAGAGCUGAAUAUCGUGCUUUGGAAGGGUUUGUUUAUGCUGUAACUCCUUUCAACUUCACUGCAAUUGCUGGUAAUUUGGUUGGUGCACCUGCUCUAAUGGGUAACACCGUCGUCUGGAAGCCUUCCAAUUCAUCUGUCUUGUCUAAUUACUUACUCUACAAGAUCUUCCAAGAAGCUGGUGUUCCUGAUGGAGUUAUCAACUUUAUUCCUGGUGACCCCUUGACGGUUACUCAACCAGUCAUCAGUCACCCUGAUUUCGCUGCUUUGCACUUUACUGGUUCUACCGAUGUUUUCGUUAAACUAUACCAGUCGAUUGCUGCCAAUCUUCCUGGCUACAAAUCUUACCCAAGAAUUGUCGGUGAGACCGGUGGUAAAAAUUUCCAUGUCGUUCAUAACUCGGCCAAUGUGUCUCAUGCAGUCAAGUCUACUGUUCGUGGUGCUUUUGAAUAUCAAGGACAAAAGUGUUCCGCCACAUCGAGAGUCUAUGUUCCCGAAUCUAUUUGGCCUCAAUUCAAGUCGGAAUUGGUUGCUGAAACUCAGGCUUUGUUGAAUGAGGGUGCUGGUAACUCCACUGUCCCUAGUGGAUUCCACAAAUUCAUUGGUCCUGUUAUCCAUGAACCCUCUUUCAACAAACUCGACAAAGCUAUUACUGAGGCCAAGCAGGACUCAAGCCUUGAAUUGUUGGUUGGUGGUAAGGUCGACAAGUCUGUUGGUUACUAUGUUGAGCCCACUAUUUUCGUGUCAAAGGAUGCCAAACAUGCCAACUUACAAAAUGAGUUUUUCGGGCCUCUACUUCACGUCUACGUAUAUCCUGAUGCUGAAUAUGAGCAGACUCUUGCACUUGUCGAUGCAACUGGCAAGUACGGUCUUACUGGUAGCAUUUUUGCUCAAGACCGUUCUGCCAUUCUCACGGCUUCUGAGGCUCUCCGCAAUUCUGCUGGUAACUUCUAUAUUAACGACAAAUCAACCGGUGCCGUUGUAGGCCAACAGUGGUUCGGCGGAUCCCGCAAGUCCGGUACUAAUGAUAAGAGUGGAUCGGGUAAUAUCCUUAGCCGAUUUGUGUCUGUACGCAAUAUCAAGGAGAACUUCGUCGAGAUCGAUGAAGUCCUUUACCCAUCUAACGCCCAAUAA